CACACACACACACACUCACACACACACUCGCACAUCCACCGCACUCAGGACAACUUUUCACCAAACUUUUUCACACAUGGAGCCGGCGGAAGCUGUCAAGUAAGGGAUGGAGGGGGAGCAGGUUGAUUCUUCUCUUGACCUGAGCCACCUGACGGACCAGGAGCAGUCACUUAUCCUGCAGGUCUUACAGCGGGACUUGGAGCUGCGUCAUCGUGAUGAAGGACGUGUAAGGUCAGGAGGAUCCUCCAGCAGACAGAGACCGACCCGACACGUCUGCGCACACAGUCGGGGGCAUGGUUCAGCGAGGAGUGCAGCAAGCGCCAUUACAACCGGAUGUCAGUCUGCGAUCUUGUGCACGCCACCGUACGCCACAGGAAGACGAAGAGCAGAGAUGUGCCCCUGAGCGGACUGUUUAAUGGAGAUGCGACAACACAACUCAACGACUCCUCUCCUGAUGCAGAGGGUAGACUGAAGGAUGAAUAUGGACGGAGUCAAGGAAAACCUAGAACAAAAAGCCCUCUAUCACAGAGUCUCCAGCAUAGAAAUAGUUCCUUGUCAUCCAAAGACUUUGAAAGGAGAAGUGCUGGCCACUCAGAGGAACCAGAGGAUGACUUUGACUGCCACAACGGAGACACAGACUCUCUGAGCAGCAACCUGACAGAGCCAGACCCAGCCUCUCUGAAAACCAGCAGCUCCACCAGCAGUCUUCAAUCAGGCUACACUCUCAGUGGCAGCAUGAUGAGUCUGUUCAGCUCAGGAGAUUUCGGGAUGGUGGAGGUGAGGGGCCGUAUCCAGUUCUCAUUGGUUUACGAGACGCAGAAGGAGGAGCUGCAAGUGAAAGUAUUUCGCUGUGAGGACAUUGCUUCAGGGCGCAAGAACCGCUCUGACCCAUAUGUUAAAACCUAUCUCUUACCGGACAAGUCAAGUCACAGUAAGAAGAAAACUUCAGUGAAGAAGAAGACACUCAACCCGGUCUAUGAUCAGACACUCCGAUAUAAAGUGAGGAUUGGGGAGCUGCGGAGUCGGACCCUGAACCUGUCGGUGUGGCAUGCCGAGCCCCUCAGGAGGAACUUGUUCCUUGGUGAGGUGGAGGUGGCUCUGGAUCUCUGGGACUGGACCCACACACAGCCACUGUGGCAGGACCUGCAGCCACGGAUUAAUUUGAAUCAAGACUCCAUCAGCAGUCGUGGGACCAUCAUGCUCUCUAUAAAGUUCAUCCCAAACGGAUCAGAGGGUAAUGGUCUGCCCCUGACAGGAGAACUUUACAUCUGGCUUCGGGAGGCUCAAGGCCUCCUGACCAACAAAGGAGGCGCUAUAGACUCAUUCGUGAGAAGCUAUAUACUCCCGGAUGCGAGCAGUCAAAGUGGUCAGAAGACGCGUGUGGUGAAGCACUCCAUCAGCCCCACCUACAACCACACCAUGGUGUAUGAUGGCUUCCACACCAGCGACCUGAGAGAGGCCUGCGCAGAGCUGAUGGUCUGGCAGCGUGAAGGGUUAAAGAGGCACGUCUUGGGAGGGAUUCGUCUGAGCUGUGGAACUGGUCAGAGUUAUGGCGAGGACGUCAGCUGGAUGGACUCCACUGAACAGGAGGUCGCCGUGUGGACAUCCAUGAUUGAAAACCCAAACCACUGGAUCGACGCAAAGCUAACGAUCAGAACUAACCUCGCUCACAGGUCCGAGUGACACUGACGCACAGACACGCAUGUUCAAAAAACAGUCGGACUGAACUCUCAGCACAAAAGCACAUUUAACCUCUUCACUGAUACACACAUUGUUUAUUUCCGCUGUUUAUUCAUAGACACACACUUGGAGUCAGUAGUGGUGCAAUAUUGUGAAUUAAUGGCGUAGAUCAGAAAUAUUUAGUUUUGAAACUCUGAAAUCUGCUUUCGUUUCAAAUGUCUUAUUUGUAUAUUUUUUUCCCUAUUUGAAAAAAGUGCAUUUGUAAUAGUGUUCUGUACUUACUGAUAUUAUAUUAAAGUGAAAUUAUUUAAUGUUUAGAAUUAAAUUACCCCAGGCUAAUUUACUGUUAUUGUUUUAUAUUUAUUUCUAGUUUUAACUCAACCCUUUCAAUCACUUUCGAAUACCUGUGCGUCAGAAAAAUAGCACUAAUCCCUGAUCACUUUCACCCUGAAGGACUCUGAUGAUUCAGAUGUUUAGGCGUCUUCACUGUAACUGGAUGUGAUGGAAAAGGCAUUCAGCUUUUCAUUUUAAUGGAGUCGCUGACUACCACCUUGUGGUCAGACCUUGUAGGUAUUCUGUAAUUCAUUAAGCAAAUUAAAGAAGAGAAAAGGGUCAAGAACACAAGAAGAAAAGACAGUUUCAUUUAAUUUGUCCACUCUUUGUUUCCAUCUGCCACUUCACUCAUCAAAGGAAAGUAGAGGAUCAUUAGUGGACUCUUUAUCACAAGAGGGAUUACCCCUGUCGAGCAGAGGGUGUUAUUUGGUUUCUGAAAUAAAGUCUUAAUAUUGCUUUAUGUGUUUGUGUCUUGUAAGUUAAAAAUCUAUUUUAAUGUAAGGUCACAUCAGCUGACGUUUUGCAAUGCUGUGCUUAUUCAAAGAAAUACUCAUUCAAUAUUCUAUGUGAAAUGCUCUGAAUGGACUGGAUAUAUUACUGGGUCUUGAG